UCUCUCUCUCUCAAGUCCCAAUCCCACAAGCAAGUCCACAACCCAAGGUCCCUCUUCUCUCUCUCUCUCUCUCUCUCUCUCUCGGUACCUUCACUUUUCUCCAUCAUCUUCCUGUCAAACUCAAAGAGUCACCACUACUCCCUCUUUUCCCCAAAGCAACCAAAUCUCUCUUCUUUACUCUCACAUGUAUUCACAUCCUCUACCAUUACCAUUACCUUUGGAGCUCCACCCAAACUCACCCAAAUGAAUCCCACAACUACAGCUCCAUCACCACCUUCCUCCUCCUCUUCUUCUUCUUCUUCUUCACCACAAACCCUUCUCGAGCUAAUCAACAACCUCCUUUCCGUCCUCCUUCUCUCCUCUCUUUCCGUCAAAUCCUUCACUGGCCGAUGGCAAGUCCUCCACUCCAAACUCACUUCCCUCCGCUCCUCUCUUUCCUCCCUCUCCUCCUCUACUCACUGGUCCGAUAACCCUCUCCUCCUUUCCCUCCUCCCUUCUCUCCACUCUACUCUCCACCGCCUCUCUACCCUCUCCCAACAAUGUUCUUUCCCUUCCUUCUCCGGAGGAAAACUCCUCAUGCAAAGCGACCUCGACAUGGCUUCCUCUUCUCUCUCCAACUCCCUCCACGACCUCGACUUACUCCUCCGAUCUGGGGUCCUCCACCACUCCAACGCCAUCGUUCUCUCUCACCCAGGUCCUUCCUCUACUAAAGAAGACUUGGGUUUCUUCGUCAGAGACCUUUUCACUCGCUUACAAAUCGGAGGGAUCGAGUUCAAGAAAAAAGCUUUGGAGUCCUUACUUCAACUCCUCACCCAAGAUGAUGAAAAAUCAAAAUCCGCUACUUUGGUUGCUAAAGAAGGAAACGUUGCUUAUCUCAUUCACUUGCUGGAUUUCAAUGACAAUCUCAUCCGAGAACACGCUACCACCGCCAUAUCGGUCCUCGCCUCGGCAAACGACGAGUCGCGCAAGACUGUGUUCGAAGAAGGGGGCCUGGGGCCUUUGUUAAGGAUCCUUGAAACUGGGUCAACGUCUUUAAAGGAAAAGGCUUCGGCUGCUGUGGAAGCCAUCACUGCCGAUCCCGAAAACGCGUGGGCUAUUUCCGCAUACGGCGGCGUUUUGAUCCUGAUCGAGGCGUGUCGAUCUGGGUCGACGGUCACGCAAGCACACGCAACGGGUGCUAUUAGGAACGUUGCCAGUGUGGAAGAGAUCAAGAACAGUUUAGCAGAGGAAGGAGCUGUGACUGUUAUGAUUCAAGUAUUAAUCUCAGGCACAAGCUCAGCUCAAGAAAAGGCGGCGCAUUGUAUAGCAAAAUUAGCUUCUUCUGGUGAGUAUUUUCGUGCUUUGAUAAUAAGAGAACGUGGGUUACAAAGAUUACUGCAUUUGAUUCAGGAUUCUUCUAGUUCCGACACGUUGGAACAUGUUGUGAGAACAAUAAGCUGUCUUUCUACAUUGGAUUCGAUUUCUCGGAUUUUAUCAUCAUCAACAACAUUUAUAGUUCAAUUAGGCGAGCUUAUCAAACAUGGGAAUCUUAUUCUACAGCAAAUCUCAGCGUCUUUGCUUGCUACUUUAUCAAUCAGUGAUGGUAACAAGCGGGCCAUUGGUGGUUGUAUGGGGUCGUUGGUGAAGCUAAUGGAGUCACCGAAGCCGGUGGGGCUACAGGAGUCAGCGGCGGAGGCGCUGGUGUCGCUUUUGACUGUCAGAUCGAAUAGGAAAGAGUUGGCGAGGGACGAGAAGAGUGUUAUGAGGCUUAUGCAGAUGUUGGACCCUAAGAAUGAGCUGGUUUGUAAAAAGUUUCCGGUGAUGGUGGUGGCGGCAGUGCUCAGUGGAGGAAGCCAGGGGUGCAGGAAGAGACUGGUGGCCGCUGGGGCUCAAAACCACUUGCAGAGGCUGGCGGAGAUGGAGGUCGCCGGAGCCAAGAAAGCCUUGCAGAAACUCUCCGGGAAUAGGCUCAAGACCAUUUUCAGCAGGACUUGGAGGGAAUAAUUAACAAAGAAACUAACCCCCGCCAAGAAAGGAGGAGUCCAUUUGGAUUUUUCUAACCGUCGAAGAAUGAGAAACAUGGUCGUGGACACUGGACAAGCAGCAAACAAACACAUACACUUCGUAUACUCCAACUUCUUCUUUUUUUUACCUUAAUAUUAUAAAAGUAAUUAUAAUAUAUCAUCGUAAAAAAAAAAAAUACUUAUCCUAAUAUUAUAUGACCCAAAAAAAAAGGCAUGGAUGCGGUUUUUAGGGAGUAUCCUUGUAACUUGUUGGCUUUUUUCUUCUAUAUUUAUUUUAAUCUUAUUAAUUGAUUCACCCCAUGAAGUUGUAAGAGAGAGGAUAUGAUGAUUGUUACCAUUUUUUUAUUUUUCUUAGUUAUGUUUGAUAAUGUACAUCCAAGAGGGUCUUAUUUUAAUUGUAAUGGACAUUGGAUUUAGUUAGAAAGAGUGCAACUGUUUCUUUGUGUGCUU